GAACAAGGUUGAAAAUGAAAUUUCAUUCUGUCAUCUAACGAUCGAUGACGUAAUAUUUUUUUCGUGCUUAAAUUAUGACUGGGUAUUAAUAACUCAAAGAAAAGGAGGGAAAAAGGUAUUGAAUUAAUAAUAAUAAGCGAUACGAAGUAUGAUAAUUGAAAACAAAUUAUCCAAAUUCUUAUCUUACGAUUUCCUACCUUAAUAUUUCUAUACAGUUGCUAGUAGCGAAUGUGUUAAUGUGGAAAAUCGUUAGGGUAAAAUGAAACUUAAUAACAAUUUUUUAAAGUUUGACUUUAAAUUUUAGAUAUAAGUAAUUAAUAGAAAUAGUUGAUAGAUAAUAGAAAGUGUAGUUAAGACAGUUAACACUCGAUAUGAUAUUGCAAAAAUUUAUGCUAUGUAAUGUGGGACAACUGUGAGAAUAAAUGUUUACUUGUAUUGUGCAAUCUUUUGUACGCUAAUGAAUUCACCAAAAAAACUAUAAUAGUGUUAUGAUAAUGAAUUUUUCUUUGUUCACACAGAAAUGAAUUAAUUAUUCGUAUAUUUACAUUAAAUAGGUCAAAGUCUGUUUGACACGAAGGUCUCGUACUUUCACUGCUUCGAACUAUUUCAGAAGAUUUAUCGACUGAUCGAUUCACCUUGACUAAUCGAGAGUUCUCUGUUUUUCCUGUUUUAUAGCCUGUAUUUUCUAAUGGCGGAUUCCAGGGAUUUUUAUUCCACAUAAACUAUAACCAUUACCAUUAAUUAAAAUUCCCCGAACGAGGUCAUCCAGCGUACUGAAUUUUGCAGUAAUAAAAUAUUCAAAGUGUGUGGUAGAUACGCUUCAGUGGUUGACGUUAACUUCACAUCGAUCGUUCGUUCGAUCAUAAACUGUCACCAACCGCGGAGUUCACGAUCGAUCCCUCCCUGCACCUCGUGUACUUUAAAUACAACAUCCGAAAUCGCUUUCGGAAAAUUCGUUAUAAAAAUUUCCAAUGUGAAUGAUGACAAACUCGUUCUAAAUGUCGUCACAUACACGAUGAGCCAAUCGAACAAUUUCGCCCAUCCACGAAAAAAACCUGCAAAGUGCUCUCCGACUACUACUUCGCAUCACAAGCUAAAACGAAUUCCCUCGACCGCAACUUACAUAGUCGACGACGAUGAAUGUAUAGAUCGACUGCAGAGUGCGUCGUUAGAAAACGCAAGUAUCCUGGCGUCUAGGGAUCGUCAGAAAGACAUUAAUCAUAUCAACAGAAGAAUCGAUAGAACGACCUCCAACACAGCAUUCAGUGGCAGAAAGUUUUGGAAUUGUCACGCUAGACCAACGAACAUCUACGUACCGGAAAACUCCGUAAUUCAAGAAGAGAGCGAAUUCAUCGAUACAUUAACGAAGCAGUUAUACAAGGUCGAAAAUCAGGUGCAGAAAGUGCAGUCUAACUUAAAGAGAAGCGAAGAGCAAAUAAAGUUAAAGGACCAGGAAAUUUCCCGAUUGAAACGGAAGGUCAAGGAGUGGGAGACAAAGAGCAAGAAUCAAGAAACACUACGAAAGAAGGAACAGCAGCAGCGGCGCGUGCAAGCCGAUCAUUCGGAAUAUCUCUACAGAAGAUGUUUAAUGCUCGAACAAAGAAUUUACGAAAUGGAGAAAUUCUUGGCCGAUUAUGGUCUGGUCUGGGUCGGCAAUACGAACGGUUCGAAGCAUCCUGAAACGAUAGCCAACAACACCAUCGAGACUUGUUACGAGCAGAUUAUCGCGAAUAUUGACCAGCUGAACCUGGCCGCUGGGAAGGGUGAAGUUCACGUGCAGCAUAACGAAAGAGGAAACGGGGCCACCUUCAAAACCGCAUCUUGCAUGUCAUUAAAAUUCUACAAAAAUGGAAUGAUAGUUCAAGAUGGCCCAUUACGAUCCUACAACGAUCCAACCGCGAUAUCGUUUCUACGAGAUAUCUUGGACGGCUAUUUCCCUUCUGAGUUGCAAGAAACUUAUCCAGAAGGUGUACCAUUCAAGGUAGAGGAUCAGAGAAAUCAAGUAUUCUUGAACUCCGAUUUUCCUGGCCAAGGUUAUCGAUUGGGAAAAGAAUUGGCUGAUAAUACAUCGAUGUCAUCUAGACCUUCCACUCGUAGAUUUCCUAAUAAUCAGAAAUCGGCUCGUCGUGGUACCUUUACGAGAGAGAAGGAUAGUCUAUAUAAUUUUGAUCUUUUUAGGGAACUGACGCCUGCCACAGCUAGAUCCAUGAAACCAAAAACUCCCUCAGAAGCUCCUCCUUUAGAGAUGUAUGUUCUUCGUUCCCAAAUUUUGGCAUCUCACAACAAUAUCUGCUCCGACACUCAUUUACAGUCGCAUAUUAACGCGGAGCUCGGUUUGGGCGAAAAGAAAUCGACUCGAAGAGAAAAACGUGACACGUCUAAAAAUGGAGACUUCGAUACCUCGGCUCGGGAGAUCCCUUUAAAAUCCAAAGGUAUUAUGAGAUUUCCAAGCUCUGGUAGAUGUUAUCACAGUUCCACCGAUAGAGCGUCUAAAUUAUCGCCAAAUCGAUUGGAUAACGCGGAUGAGAUUCUCAGGCAACGAUCAAGAUCCGCCAGCCUACCAAAUUCCCGAUUUUCCAUUACGUCGAGGUCAGCACCGAAGGUGAACGCCGAUACUUCGCAAUUUUCGCUUUCUCAAGUGCAUCAGCAAAGUACGGCUAGAAAAAAUCAACGUGCUCCAAGGUCUGCUGCACCAGUUAGGAAGAAUGCAGGAAGGAAUGCACCUCCUAUUCUGCAUCAGAUCAAUGAACCGUCUGGAAAACCAGGCGAAUUCCGAUUGAAAGUCAGGUCUUUGAACGGCGGUACUGUUUAUCUGGUACACGUGUCUGCCGACGAACCGAUAGCUCGACUUUAUCAAUUGUUAGAUAGAACCAUGGCAAGAACUGUCCCUCGAGGAUAUAAAAUUGUUCUCAGCGGUUAUUCACCGAGAAGAUUGGAUCAUCUAGGGACAACUUUAAGGGAAAUCGGCAUCACUAGAGACAGCGUUUUGCAUUUAGUGAAUGAUUGAAUUUGCAACUUUUAUAUUUGUAUCGUUUAAAAGGAAAAAAUAUUGUAAAAAUAUUAAGUUUGUAGAAAAUAUAAUGUAGGAAAAUCGACUUUUAUCGUUGCAUGAUAAGUAAAGUUGCGAGAUCUUAGUUUACAAUGGUUGAUAAAAGAAUCUUACGGCAUUUUACCAUUGCUGGAUAUUGAUAUAAUGUGAUAUAAUUCCUAUAUUCGCCGUAGUAAAUCGCAGAGGGCGUAAGAAAUACUCUCAUUCUUCUCAAGAUCGGUAUUUCAGAACGUGAAACAUGAAGUUUCAUACAAUGUUAUGUCCUGUACUUAGUCAAUGCAUUAUUGUUUGCUUUAUCAAUAUUUAUCACCUGAAAACAGUGUCAUAAAUAUACGACUAUAAAUACAAGGUGAUGCACUAGCGUAUAGUAAUUAAUUUCAGAACACUAGUCUUCUCAUGUCUUGGAGGAUCGUUGAUUUAUGCUUAGCCUAUUGGUCAUGUACUUAAGUGUACACGUACCUUCCUGAGAUGCUAGGUACAUACCUUUACAAUAAUGGAACCUCAGACGCUUAUCUUUCAUAACGCUACAAUGUAAAUUUAUGAUCUUCAGGAUGAUAAUUCACUCUUAUCGAUCCAGGCUUCUACAGGCGAUAGAAAAGAUAACGUUUUAGGGAUAGAUUAGAUAAUAAAUUUUCUAAAUUUUAAAUUAAGUAAACAGUGAGAUUAAUGACGCGGAAUUUGUAGAAAUAUUAAGGAGGGAGAGAAAAUUCAACGUAACUUCGCUUCAAAGCUUAAUAUCAAGACGCUUUUUACAAAGCUACUUUUAGAAAUUUAAUUGCGAAUUCCUCGAGCUUUCGCUGAUGGUUGAUGUGAAUAGGCGAAGCUAUACCAUGAUUCGCAACAUAGACUUUUAAAGAAGCUGCCGACUGUUCGUGACGUUGAUAUCUCAUUACUCGUUUUCAAGAUCCGAAUCUCUAGAAAUAUCGAUGGUUUCCUACUCUAGAAACGUUUCGAGCUUUGCGUGCCGAUAAUGGAAUAUUCAGCGAUGCCGUUGCAAACUUUUCCAUGCGUUUCGUCGUGCCAGAGAAUUUCCACUCGUUACUCAACCACGCAAACUGUGCCUGACGAAACUUGAAUCGUUACAAAAAGGUUGGAAGGCGAAACGUCGCUCUGAGACAACGACGAAUUCCCUACUACUUUAGAAGUUGUUCUUUGCGCCGAAAAGAUAAGCCUUCAACGUUUCCAGGAAAUUCCUAUUGCAGCUUCCUUUGCACAAUAUUUUAAAAUAUUGCUUUUUAGAAUUAUUGGCCCAUUUA